CUUAUUCCCUGUUGUGCCUGUAUUUGGUCCUGAUCUAAGACUCUCCUGUUUGCUCUUCUGUGACAGCCUUGUCGUUUUCACGAUAUCUCCAAUUCCACUUAGGUACUAAUUGUAUAUCUUAAUGAGCUGGUCUCAAUAAUAUAUUACCUCCAUUCGGCCGUAUAAUCUACAUAUUUUAGCCUCACUCCCCAUCUCCUUGAAACCGGCUGUAUCCUCAAGCCCUGCGAGAAAUCGUUGACGAUCAUCAAACUCAUAAUACGGCACUACAAAACUCGCAGCGAUGUUUGCAAUCAUCGUUCUUACCACCCUACUGAGUCUUGCGGAGGCCAGCUUCAAAACACCAAGGACUGCGCUUCCUCCAAGCCCGAGUCUUUCUUCCACAACAGCGACGUCAGUGGUAGAAUCGCUGAUCUCAACAGUCGCGACAAGCAGCAUACCUCCAACCCAACCUAGCGUGUCAAGUACAUGCGCUCCACAGCCGAAGAGUUCUGCUGCCGCUGAGACCCGGUGUUCUGCUUUACCAUCGAAUGUGCCUACAUCUAUAUCGACUGCAAGUGCGGGCAGCCCUGAAAUAACACCAUCACCCGAAUCAGACUCUCCAGGGGCCAACUUCCAUGAGAUGGGUGUCAAGUACGUUCAGACUACAUAUUGGAGUUGCGUUACAUUUCCCCUCGAAACGCAUUGCGGUUGGCACCAGCCUAUCCUAGAUGCUGGAGCUGGUAGAAUACGAUGCGAAGGCAGUGGACAGGCAGCUUUGCGCGCGGGUAUCGUGGCUGGUGUUGUCGCUGGUGGGUUGGCGCUUGGGAUCUAGUAUCCGAUAUCUGAGCAGAGCACCUCUGCCUAUUUGGCUUCUUUCCUUUGGGUCGAUACCCCGGAUAACCUGUGAAAUUAUUUAUGAUAAGUUUGCGCGACAUGGGACAUUGUAUAUCUGGGAAUAUUGAGGCGUCUCGGAGUUAGCAGAGGGGUGGAAAUGAAUGUAUGGUUAGCGAAUAACACGCAAAAAGGUCACUUAUGAUGAUGAAUCUCAAA